UUUGAACUUUGGAUCAAUAAUAGGACUCAGAGAGAGACCGAGAGUGAAAUCUUUGGGUCUGUCUGUAGAAGGUUCUGAGUCACAGAGGUUUCAUUAGUCGGGACCAUGAGUGAACCGUGGCGGAUACUGGUUGCAGUUCUGCUGUUGCACAGCUGCCUGGCAGAUGAUGUGUUCUUGAGGGGUCCACAGGCCAUGCAAGUUCUGGCUCGGAGCAAACGUGCCAAUCAGUUGUUUGAGGAGGUUAAGCCAGGGAACCUGGAACGAGAGUGUGUUGAGGAGAUCUGCGACCAUGAAGAAGCGAGAGAAGUUUUCGAAGAUCUUGACGCAACGACAAUAUUCUGGAACAAAUACCAAGAUUGUAAAGGAUCUGAACUCCAACGAAACCAGAAGACCAUAGACACUGUCAGAGACUGUGUUCAAGGUGUGUGCAUCAUAGGAAAGGGGUCAAGUUACAGAGGAAACAUUGGCAUCACACAGUCUGGACGAGUUUGUCAGUACUGGGGAAGCAACUUCCCCCAUCCCAUUAUCAGGGAGUAUAACGUAUCUAGUCCAGGAACCAUACUGGUGGAGAACUUUUGUCGAAAUCCUGACCAUCGCAAUGAGGGUCCUUGGUGCUUCACUCGCGACCCCACAGUACCGAAGGAGACUUGCAGGGUGCCAGUGUGUGGAGAGGACUUCGUCCCGCCUACUGUUGCCCCCAGGCAGGUUAAAACGACAGAAUGUUUGCCAAACCGUGGUUUGGACUACACAGGUGAACUGUCCGUCACCAUGGGUGGACACACCUGUCUGCAAUGGUCGUCCAGUGAAGCCACAGUCUUAAGUCAGGAUAAAGAAUUUAUCCCUGAGGUAAGCCUCACAAAGAAUUACUGCCGUAACCCUGACAACGAUCCAGAGGGCCCGUGGUGCUACGUGUCGGUGGGGGAGAAUAUUACAUUGGACUACUGCGACUUGGACCUGUGCGAGGAGCCUCUGCUCGGUGUAGACCCGACAGAGACAGGAGCUAGUGAGCGCUCUGUUACGGGGCCAGCCCGCAAAGCCUUCUUCAACCUCCGCACAUUUGGGCAAGGGGAGAUGGAGUGUGGACAGCGCCCCCUGUUUGAGAAAAUAAACAAAAAGGACACAAAAGAGAUUGAGUUACUCGAGUCAUAUCGGGAGCAGCGGAUUGUUGGGGGAGACGAUGCAGAGGUGGCUUCAGCACCAUGGCAGGUGAUGCUCUACAAGCGCAGCCCCCAGGAGCUCCUGUGUGGCGCCAGUCUAAUCAGCGACCAGUGGAUCCUCACUGCCGCCCACUGCAUCCUCUAUCCACCCUGGAACAAGAACUUCACCACGAACGACAUCCUGGUGCGGCUGGGCAAGCAUAACCGAGCCAAGUUUGAGAGAAAUAUUGAAAAGAUUGUGGCCAUCGAUGAAAUUAUUGUGCACCCGAAAUACAACUGGAAGGAAAACCUUAACCGAGACAUUGCACUGCUGCACAUGAGAAGACCAGUCACCUUCUCAAAUGAAAUCCACCCAGUUUGUUUGCCCAGCAAAAGCAUAGCCAAGAUGUUGAUGUCGGAAGGCUAUAAGGGUCGGAUCACAGGGUGGGGUAACCUCAAGGAAACUUGGAACCCCGCGGCCAGAAAUCUGCCCACAGUGCUGCAGCAGAUCCACCUGCCAAUCGUCGACCAAGAUAUCUGCAGGAGCUCCACUUCUGUCCGCAUCACAGACAACAUGUUCUGUGCAGGAUACAAACCUGAAGACUCAGCCCGUGGUGACGCCUGCGAAGGCGACAGUGGCGGCCCAUUCGUGAUGAAGUCACCAGAGGAUGACCGCUGGUACCAGAUGGGUAUUGUGUCGUGGGGUGAAGGCUGUGAUCGGGAUGGGAAGUAUGGCUUCUACACCCACGUCUACAGGAUGAGUCGAUGGAUGAGGAAGGUGAUAGAGCGCACAGGCGAAGACGACGGCUAGACUUCUUUCUCUGUCCAUUGUUGUCAAACCGCCUGUGAUCGACUAGUCAAGCAAUACAUCUGACAAUCAGCACAACAUGGAUGCUUUUAUUUUGAAAACAUCAUUGUGUCAUCAAUAAACUUGGGACCUUCAAAAA